CAAUUUUAUUAUAAUAUGAUUAGCUAGAAGCCUUAUCUUUUCAUAUUAUCUUAUCAAUUUGAAACACUCAAUUAUAAAGUGUUAUUCGAUCAGUCAACACUAUAAGGUGUUGUGGUAUAAUUUUUUCAAGAAAAAUGGCCCAAAAGCCAUUUAAAGUGUUAGUGAUAUUAUGCGUCCUAAUAUCAACAAGUUAUGGCCGAGAGGGCAACAAGGAAAAUCCCGUAUGUGACAUUUCCAUAAGAGAUACUGACAAUCUCACUUUGAAUUGCUCAAGAAAAGAUAUAACUACCAUUCCUACAAGUUGGCCUGCAGAAAUAAAUAAUAUAGAACAAGCGGGCGACGUGCUGAUAACAUUUUUCUACAACAACAUAGUGAAUGUAACCCAACUUCCGGAGGUACCAGGCAACAAGAUCGCCAUCAUACUCAAGUCAAAUAAGAUCUCAGAAAUCGAGAACGAUGCAUUUAGAAAUAUACACGGCAUGGUAUACUUAGACUUGAGCAACAACUCCAUAACAGGGGAGGUGUUAAGAAGUGAAAUUUUCCAAGGCCCAUACAAGGAUGGUAUAUACAGUAAAAUCGCCUUGGAGACCUUGAAUCUUGGACAUAAUGAGAUACAUUCAUUGGACAGAUACUUAUUCCAGUAUACUCCGAAUUUAACGAGAUUGUAUCUGAACAAUAACCCUAUUGAGACACUAGAUCACGUCACCAUCCUUGCUUUGUCGAGCGCCGUCAAUUUAGAGGUUCUUGACUUGUCGUCAACGGAGAUCGACAGCAUACCUUUAAACGCUUUCAGAGGUUUAGAGAAACUGCAGCAUAUUGAUUUGUCUAAUAACAAAUUUGUUACCGUACCGGAAAGUCUAAGGCUGGUUGGGAGUACUCUCAAGUAUCUUACAUUUAAUAAAAAUCCAAUUGUGGAACUCAACGAUGACAGUUUCAUGGAUUUAUCAAAUUUAAUAGAACUGGAAGUCGCUGAAAAUGAAUAUCUCGAAGAAAUAAAGCGCAGUACAUUCACGCCACUUAAGAACUUGAGAGUACUCCGGAUCAGUCACAAUAAGAACCUGCGCUAUAUUAACCACAACGCGUUCCGAGGCAUGAAAGACAAAUGGACUUUGAAAGAGGUUUACCUGGAUGACAAUCACUUGAACGAACUAUCAACAGACUUGUUGCCAUGGAAUAAGUUAGAAGUAUUGGGUAUGACAGGAAACAACUGGCUAUGCAACUGUGAUCUAAACAAUAUUGUUACAUCACAAGGUGCUGGUACAAAAUUCAAACCAGGAGAAAUCCCUUACUGUGCAGAACCAAUGAAAUUCAGUGGAAUAUAUGUAACUAAUAUAACAAUACCAUUUUGCCCUACACUUGAUCACACUUUUGCAACUAAGAAGGGUUUCAGCUUAUCAGAUAUGAAACCAAAACAUGUUCUAUGGAGUAUAUUUGGAGUAGCUAUGGUAGCAGCUUUUGGUUUAGUUCUUGGGCUGUUCAUCAAUAAAAUUACUUUAUACAUAAAGUACAGGAAUCAGCCAGUUCCUUAUGGCCUCCUUCCAUCAGAUACUGUCAAUGCUUGAAGUAUUUAUUUAAUAACUAAUGAUUCAGAUUAGAUUAUUGCUUAUUUUUUAUAAUAAAAUUAUUUAACAAAAGAUACUUAAUAUAUGCACAUAUAUUUUUAAAUAAAUAAUAUAUAUUAUGAA